AUGAAGCUCCUCCCCGCCCUCCUCGCGGCCACAGCCACCCUGGCCAGCACAGCGUCCGCCGUCAACUUCCAACUCAAAGUAAACUACUACAGCGACGGCGGCUGCAGCAACUACCUAACGUCGAUCUACCCCCACUCCAACGGCGACUGCUACGACUACGACUACGGCGGCACCAACAGCGCCAACAUCGCCAACUGCGACGGGUUCCAGCUCUGCGACUGCACGUACUAUGCCGAGAAGGGUUGCACGGGACGGGAGCUGAGGAAGUUUGGGGGGGAUUGUGCGUCGAACUGGGGGGCAGGCUGGAAGUCGAUGAGUUGUCGGGGGGUUUGGUGA